UUUACCAGGAAGCUGUACGCCUACUAGUGUUGUACAACACGGCUAUUAUUGUUUUUAGCAUCAGUGUCUGUGCUCCGCACUGAGUUAGCUCGUGUUAGCUCAUGCUAUCUUUCGUGUGUGGAGUCACCGUCACCGCUAGUGAAGACAGGAGGACACACGGUGAAGCUGGACAGAAACUUCAGGUCACUGUUAGCUUAGCUCGUUGCUAAUGACAGCGUAAACAGUGAACGGAAUGAUGGAACACAGCUGUUUGGACCAUGUGAGACUCAGUUUAGAUCACCCAGAGAGGCUGAAUGAAGACAGACGCCCUCUAGUGGACUGUCCAACAGAUGUCCAACAUCUGCUGGUGAUCAAAGAAGAGGUUCCCACUGAGAUGAUCACCAGUCCAGAUCAGUGUGACCCAGAGAAUCCUCACAUUAAAGAGGAACAGGAAGAUCUCUGGACCAAUCGGGAGGGAGAGCAGCUUCACGUGCUGGAGAAGGCUGAUGAUGGAAAGUUGUUGUCACUCACUGAUGUUCAUAUGAAGACUGAAGACGACCCAGAGAGUCCUCACAUCAAAGAGGAACAGGAAGAGCCGCUUCUGAAGGAGGUCGAUUGCAACACGUUCUCACUCACUAUCGUCCUUGUGAAGACCGAAGACGAUGAGGAGAAACCUCAGUCGUCGCCGCAUCACAGCCAAACUGACGAGAACAGAGAGACAGAGCCCCCAGCCACCGUCUCAGCACGACCGGUAAAAACAGAAGCUGGUGGAGAUGAUCAUGUCCACUCAGAUAAAGAUGACAACGAGACUCCAGACUCGUCUCAGACUGAAGACAGUGACGUUGACCGGAAGGAACCUCAGACACACAAACAGAGAGUCCACACAGCGGAGAAGCCGUUUGAAUGUGAUGUUUGUGGGAAAGGAUUUACAAAGAGGAUUGACUUUAAGAGACACCUGAUGGUCCACACGGGAGAGAAACCGUGUAGCUGUGAUGUUUGUGGGAAAAGAUUUAUCCGCAAGUCUUUUGUCAAGAGGCACAUGAUGGUCCACACGGGAGAGAAACCGUGCAUCUGUGAUAUCUGCGGGAAAAGAUUCAAACACAAGAGCAAUUUUAAGAUUCACAUGAUGGUCCACACAGGAGAGAAACCGUGCUGCUGUGACGUGUGUGGGAAGGGAUUUACACGCAAAUCCUUGCUGAAAAGACACGCGAUGAUUCACACGGAAGAGACGACGUGUAGCUGUAACAUCUGCGGGAAAAGGUUUAAACAGAAAAGUAAUUUCAAGACGCACAUGAUGGUCCACACGGGAGAGAAACCGUGCAGCUGUGACACGUGUGGGAAAAGAUUCACACAGAACUUUUUACUAAAGAGACACAUGAUGGUCCACACGGGCGAGACGUCGCACAGCUGUAACAUCUGUGGGAAAAGAUUUAAGCGGAAGAAUUCCCUCAAGAAUCACAUGAGAGAUCAUACGGGAGAGAUGCCGUACGCCUGCGAUGUAUGCGGCAGAGCGUUUACAAAGAAGAGUUCUCUGAAGACGCACACGAUGGUCCACACGGGAGAGAAGCCGUUCAGCUGCGGCGUUUGCGGGAGAAGCUUUAGACACAAAAGUUACUUCAAGACGCACACGAUGGUCCACACAGGAGAGAAACCGUGUCGCUGCGACGUUUGCGGGAAAAGUUUUACCAACAAGAGUAAUCUGAAGAGACACAUGAUGGUUCAUACGAGAGACAAAUCAGGACGAAAUGAAAAGUGAAAACAAUUCUUCACCACUUCAAGCAGUCAUUUUGUUUUAAUGUCUCAAUGAAUCCUGAAGCCGCUCAUCGAAGCUCAACCUGCUGUUUACCCACAUUAUUCUCAUUAGUUAUCAUGUGCUACUGAUGGGCUUCUACUAUCCCCUUAAGCAAAAACCCAAGCAACUGCACUCAAAUUCCACCAGUGGCUCAUGUGAGGCAGCUUUGAAAUGAAAUGAUUGUCAUUAUACAACCGAAAUUUCAGAUGGAGGAGGGACGAUCAGAGCCGCUGUGACCUCUAACAUGUUUUUAUGGAACAUCACCAGAGAAUCCAGGCAAACGACGUGCAAACUAGAAAUUAGAAAUUAGAAAAUGUGGGUUAAUGAGCAAAGCACUUAUUUUAUAUAAGAAGAGCCUAGAUUGAAAUUGGCUAAAUGAAUUAUUGAUCGAGUUGGGAAACAAAUAAAUAAAUAGUGGAGGCUCACCGAGGGCCCUCUGACCCCUUUCUAAAAGGUGCAAAAUGGUUUGGUCCGCCAACUGUGCCCUCUUCACUCGGACUCUUCUCUCUCAUUCAGACAAACAGUAACAGUAGUGAUGAUGAGCAGAUGAUGAGGCUUUAUUAAUGUGCACACAACCCCCCCCUACUGGUCAAAGACUAUCAAAACAGCCAGAUAUGUUAUACUGUACAUGUAGGUCAUUUUAUCAAUAUGUAAUAGACUCAAGUCUGUCCUGCAACAGUGCAGCCAAGGAAAAUAAAUUAAUUCACCUUAUAAAAAAAAUAAA